CAAACACAAUUGCAAAAUGUCAAACACGCCAGCAUCAAAAAUCUACCUGCGUCCGCAUCAUGAACCGGGGAGGAAACAGGCAACCCGGAUAUAUAUCAUCUACUUUGUUACUGGAAACCCUGGCCUCAUCGAGUACUACCGGACGUUCCUGACACAUCUGUAUGGAUUGUUGACACGCGAUACUGCGUCAAACAGAGAUGUCGAGUUCCAAGUGUAUGGUCGCUCGCUAUCCGGGUUCGAGAUGAAGACUCACGAGAUCAACUCAAUGAAAUGGCACAAGCUCCCUCCUUAUGGUCUCCAGGACCAGAUCCGGCACGCAGAGGAUGAGCUCACUGAUCUUGUUGAAGAUGUUUCGGAUGACGGACACCGGGAUGUAAGAGUUAUCGUCAUGGGUCACUCUGUUGGAAGCUACAUCGCUAUUGAAAUCAUCCGGAGAUUGCGUGCGCAUGGUCUGGUUGGUGAGGACUAUGCGACAAGAAUCGUCGGUGGCGUCGCACUGUUCCCUACUGUCUUGGAGAUCGUGAGAAGUGAGAGUGGCCAGAAAGCUGCUCCGUUCCUGAAGAACCCUAACUUCGCCUUCUUCGCAUCCGUGCUCGCCAACCUGCUGACCCUCCUCGUUCCACUCUCGCUACUGGCGACACUGAUCAAGUCCAUCAUGGGCUUCCCAGACGAUGCAGCACACACCACAGCCUCCUUCGUCAAAUCUCCCCACGGCAUCCAGCAAGCGCUGCACAUGGCCCGUGACGAGAUGUUCCAGAUUGAUACCGAUUUCUGGGAUGACGAGAUCUGGGGUGCGGCACAACCAUCAGAGCACAAGCAUGAGCGCGCACACCUGCGCUUCCUGUUCGCCAAGAAGGACCACUGGGUUGCAGACGAGACAAGAGACAAGCUCAUUCAGACCAGAGGACGUCAAGCAGCGCAGGGCGUUCAGGAAGUUGACGGCUUUGGCGAGAACUGGAAGCCAAUCAUGGAGGUCGAUGAGAGGGAAGGGUUCCCGCAUGGUUUCUGCCUGCGUCAUGGUGUGCCUGUUGCGGAAAAGGCUGCACAGUACGUGAGGGAUAUUGUCUCGAAGGAUACUGGUGUAUUUGAGAAGAAGCAAGAAGAUGAGCAGGGCUGGACUUGGUAGUUGGCAGCAGCGGAAGUGUCACUGGCAUUGGCAACAUAGACAUAGACAAGCGAUGAGGCCACUUACCCGCUCGAUGUAGAGGCAGUUACGAUCUAGUGUUGCUUGUUCCAGUCCACCGGCCUCUCUUCAACGUUGGUGACUUGUUCAUGUUCUUCGCUAGUGACUUCCUGUGAUUUCUUGUCCAGCCAUUGCACAGCAGCAGUGCAAGCAAAGAAUGCAAACACAACUACUAUCAUCGUGAUGUAUCCUUUCUGCCAAUAUGGUGCGUCUGUCGCAGGGUACAGCGCAAUCCCCCAAAACGUGUAGAGAAUCGACUGCACCAUGCUCAUGACAUAAAGAAUGACUGAGCGCGAAGCAUCGUCCC